ACUUGGCAGACCUCUCGGCGCCCAAGUACACAUUAUUUGACAAGGCUUUCGUAGGUGUUGUGGGCAUUUCUAGGGGUAGUUUAAUGACCCUGGUGGUAGUGUGGCCCUUCUUCUGUACCAUGAGCGUGAAAAAACCCUCAAGGAAACCCGAUUAAUCUCUUUUUUGGCCUUUGAAAAUAGUUGAUGUGGGAGGUGGAAGCGUCUGAGAAUCCGCACCAGGUUGACGCGGCGCCUCCCUCCCUAAGUGUCACGCCUCGCCAUGAAAACCCGCCGGAAAACCCACAAAACAGACGAGAAGGACGCGGAUCCCAAAAGUAUGUCUCCCCUGCGAGAAGACUCCCCUGUCUCCAGCCCUCGCACCCGCUCCCCAGCCAAAGGGGUGAGGACAGGUGGAGUGAGCUGUGCUGGGCCAGAUGCUCUCUCAAUGCUGAAUAUGCUGGCUGAGGUGGCAUCUGUCACCCUUCACACUGACCCCUCUGUCACUGACACUGCUCAGACUUGCCGGGUGAAGGCUAGCAGCACUACAAGUCGGCGACCCAGUGACUAUGACCUUUUGACCCUUGACCAGGUGUCUGGGAUGACAGACUACCUCCUUCUCAAACUGUUUGCUGAGUGUGAAUCAAAUGAGAUGUGGAAGCGCUUUACUUACACGUGUGGAAUGCUGCCUGCGGCUUGCUCAAAAUUCUUCCAGAGCUUUGGGAGUGAGCACAAGGCCAGGAGUGGCAUGAAAACACACCUUCAGGCUCACCUCAAGUCCCUCCUGGAGGUGCACAAGAGUAUUCAGAGCCGGCAGAGUUACCUGUUAGAGUCAAUACCAGCACGUAAGAGGCGCCUCUCACAGCAGGACACAUCAGGAGGGAAGAAACGUGGCAACACAGGUCAUGCCCGAGCCAAUAAGUCUUCGGGGUCCCCAAAGACACAGUUACGAGCAGAAGUUUGUAGCAAGUCGAAGAAAGUUGUGCUGUCAAGCAAGGAGAAAGAAAAUGAAGUUGUGAAGAAAAAGGAUGAUGCCCAGGCAACUAGUGAUAGGAAAAGCAACAUUUUUCCCCAAGCCAGUGUGAAUGUAGAGGAGAUCAAUGAGGAGCUGUUUGUGGGUGAGACGAAACCAAAGAGAAAGCUGGAAAAUGGCCGUGAGGUGAAAGUCCGUGCUAAGAAGGUGAAGGCAGCUACCAGCCCUCCUGUUCCUGCAGGUGACAGCAAUGACAGCAACAACAACAGUUCUGAUGUGAAGCCUGUGGUUGGGACUGCAAUAAUCCCAUUAGAAGUUAAGAGGGAAAUAGAGAGGCCACCCAUCCAGCAGGUUGUGUCACAUGACCAUGGGUAUCUCAGGGUCUCCCCUCUGAAGUGGGACACAGGGGAACAGAGGGAUACCAAAACUUGGGAACAACCUGCACGAGAGGGUUCUCACAAGCACCAUCCACAGGCCUCCUACCAGGUUGCUUGGAAUAGAGGUGGAGUAGGAGGAGGCAGAGUUGAUGGAUCAGUUAGCUGCCUGCAAGUCAAGGAAGAGAAUCUGCCAGAGGACCAGUCAACCUUACUCCACCAACAUAUGAAUGAGGAGCUUCAGGGAGGCAUUAUGGCACAAGGCUGUGGCAGUGCAGGAACACCUUUGCCAGUGGUGGGCUGUGAAGUUGAGUUUACACCUGACCAACAUUACAAAGUAAUGCGCUCAGCGGACCUACCUGUGGUGUAUGACCACAACAAUCCCUCUGGGGAAAUGGAGGGUGUGGAGAAAGUGAUUGAAAGGGAUGAGUAUAAAGUGCGUAAGAAGCCCAAGGGACGGGCGAAGUUUAUUGGACAAAGCAAACUGCUGCCCAUGGUUUCCUGUCACUUAGCUAUCCCAGUUAGUGCAGGAAACAUGUUGAGGGCAGAGAAGGAGAUGGCCCUGAAACUCAUAAAUGAAAUCCGGUCCCAGUCUGUGAUGGCCUUGGAGACACUAGAGUGUAAGAUUUGCCACCCUCCACGCCUCUUCACUGCCCCAUCCACGCUGCUGUCACAUUACCGCAGUCAUGCAGGCAUCCGUCCAUAUGAGUGCCGGAUAUGUGAGGCUGUCUUCACACGGCAACACUCGCUCAACUACCACAUGUUGAUACACACCAACCAGACGCGUUUCACCUGCAGUGACUGUGGUCGCAAGUUCCGUCACCCAUCCCACUUCAAGGAACACCGUCGCCGCCACACUGGCGAGUCGCCCUAUGAGUGUUCAGACUGCCUUAUGAGAUUCAAGACUCGAAACACUUACAAGAGACACUUGCGGACUCGCCAUGGCAAGCUGCUCACCACGCAGGGGACAAUCAUCAUUCUUUCCCAGGAGGAGGCUGACCGCAUGAAGAAAUCUCAAGGCCGCAAACCCCGAAGACCACGGCAGCCCCUCAAAAUCAUCAGUCCAGAAGCUGCAGCCCAGAUGGAGGAAGAACAGGUGUGGACUGACUUUGAGGAGGGAGACCGUGAGGAAGAGGAAGAGGAGGAAGAAGAUGAGGAGGAGGAAGAGGAGGAAGAGGAAGGGGUGAGUUAUGGCGAGGUUCUUCAGUCCAGAAAGUUGCAAGGUGUGGCAGGGAGUUACCAGGUACCAUUGAACAGUAUGGAGAUACCUGUUGAGAUGCAACAGAUAACCAAUGGCAAAACAGGGCUUUUUGUCAAGUCCAAAAGGGUUCUUCCAGACACAAGUAAUGUAGAGCAGGUCAAGGAAUGGGAAGGUCAUCUACAGGGAAAUGGCCUGCAAGUUGAUAAACAUGCUUCCAGUCAAGAAAUUGUGGAGGAAGAGGUUGUGAUGGAAGGUGUAGGGGACCUGCGGACAUAUGUCUUCCAACCUCCACCAGAGCAUAAUACAUUGCCAAAGGUCAACAUCAGAUCCUCUUGGAAUACUAUCAACAUAGACCUUAAAAGCUUGGAGAUGGCCUCUGAACUAACCAUUCCAGAGGAUCAGGUUGAUGGAGAGAUUUUGGAAGGUCCUCAGAAUCAGAUAAAAGGUGAAGUAACUAACUUGGACACUGGCUGUAAAGAGCUAGUUGGAGACCAUAUAAGUCCUGAGGAAGUAAUAACCAUCUGCUCAGGCAUGGAUAAUGUCAAUGAAGAGGCAGGUGCUCCAGGAACCCUUCAGCAGCACUCUGAUUCAGGAAGCAAUCUUGACUGGUUCACCGUUAAGAAGCCUGUCAGGUGUUAUGGUAGACCAGGUAGUGGUACUGGUGACCACCAUGAAGCCUUGUCUACUCCCUCAUGUGGUCACCCAGAGCUCAGAACCUGCACCAAUAAUGGUCAUGAGGUAGAUGCUUCAGGAACCAUUCAGCAGCAGCCUGACCCUGGGAAUAAUUUUGAUUGGUUUGCUGUUAAAAAGCCCAUAAAAUCCUAUGGUAAGCCAGGUACUGAUGCUAUGUCCACUGCUUCAUGUGUUCAGCCAGAUGUCAAAACCAGUACUAGUAACAGUCAAGGUCUGUAUGUAGUUGAAUAUGUGCACAGCCAUGAUGGACGACUGGCCAAGGUGUAUCGGGCCAGUGCCUCCCUUAUCCCAAAGAGCAGUCAGCAUGCAUCAGUUCAUCCACCUCAGGUCAUAAGUGUUCUGAGCAGAGGUUCAGUACCUGAGAUUACUAAUAGUGGAUCCAACAAGCUGACAGUACCCAUUACUGUGCCAGUAAGUACCAUGGAGACCACCACCAAGGCAGUGUCUCCUGCACCAGAGGGGCCAAGGGUGCUAACAAAAGUAGUGAGUCACCAGGACCCACCCACUAGGAUCUCUACACACAGUAGUAGACUAACAGUCAGCUGUGAUAAGCCCAUGAUUCAUAAACAGGUUGUGAAUAAUCUGGGGAGGGACCAUGCCAUCAAAAGUGAAAGUCUUAUAAGCUGCAGGGAACCACAGAAUCCAACUGUAACUUUGCAUUCCUCUCCUUCAGUUGUUGUCACAACCGUCCCACAUGUCUGUGAAGCACAGCAGCUGCCUGGAAGUCAGAGUGAAUUGUUCCCAUGGUCUUCACAGUCUUUGCCAGAUAACACUCAAGUUACUACUUACUCUGUAAAUCCGUGUGUGGGGGAGACAGGAGCACCCAAGAAUACUGUGACUCAUUUAGAUGAGAGAAACAAUAUUACUUACCCUCUGAUCAGCCAGGAUGUUCAGCAGUACGUUGGGGUGCAGGAUGAUCUACUACUAGAAAAUGUUGAAAUUAUUGAGAGUUUCAAUGUUGGAGAUGAACCAAUUAUGGUCACCACAGGACUGGCAGAAGAGGCUGUGCAAAGUGGAUGUGUGGCAGAAAACAUCUCCCAUCUAAGAGAGGUUCCUGAGUCUGGCAGUACCUUGGUGAAGGUAGAGGGGCUUGUACCUUGUGAGAGCAGUAUACUGAAUGGUACCACUGACUAUAUGGACCACCUGCUGCACCAUAACAUGGUGGUGGCUUCUGAACAGACUACAACCAUCCCACAAGGCAGUUCACCUCCAUCCAUCACUGUGGCUGCUGGUCACAGUGUUACAUCAACACUACAGGUUUGAGUUAAUAAUAUCACAGUUAUUCAAAUGACUGAAUCACAACUUAACUAUUCUAUCUAUUUACAUUCAUCAGAUGCUGUGCUCCCUCACGGGAAUCUCCCUCAAGGGUGUGGCCACGACCAAAGUGUCUCCACUUUCCCCCUUUCUGGCACUCCCUCUCAGCACACUUCCUCAUCUACGAACUCACUCUCCAAUACUCAUCCACUAUUAAUCCAUUUCACUGGUGGUCUCCCUAACACCCCCUCCCUUAAUCUUGCCCUCAUAUACAUACUCUUUUCACAAAGUGUCCUCAUUCAUUCUCAUCAUAUGUCCACUCUACCAUAAGCACCAAUAUUGACAAACUUUACUAUUGCUCCGUAUAAAAAGGUUAUUUAUUUAUUUCCUUAAACAAGGAUGAAUCUUUCAAAAUAAAUAAAUUAUUUAUAUCAGUCUUGGAUUCAAAACAAAGCUUAAUGUUUUGACAUUAAAAGUUGACACACACACACACACACACACACUGGUGCAACCGGUUAGAGCGCUGUGCUGCCAGGCUUCACAGCCUGACAGGGCGGCAGUUCGAGCCUGCUUAGGACGGAUUCUUUCCGUUGACUUGGUCAUUAUUGUCCACCCUUGAGCGAGGGGGAUGGGGUGUGUCGUGUGUGAGGUCCUGGCAGUACCCAUAGAUUGACUAUAAAAGAGCACUUGCUCAUGUCGGGAGGGUACCUGCUAGAGAUUAUGAGUCCAACUCGUGAUCAGGCCAUGGUGAAUUACACACACACACCUAUUGUACCAGUAUGCAGCCAUAUAUUUUAUUAGUUAACUUAAAUCACCAUAUGAAUCUUAUCUAUUUAAUCUAUUUAAAGCCAUUGGUCGUGAGACACUCUGAUUUCUCCUGUGACUCAGUGGGAUACUUGCAAGGACUAUUGGUUUGCUGACUGGUCUGUAUUCUGGGACUGAGAGUGCUGUGAAGUGUGGGGGUACUUAUCCAGCUUCUUUCCCAUGAAUGCAGGAGUGGGGCAGGGUUGUGUCCUUUCCCUAUGGCUUUUCAGUACUUGUAUGGACUGGGUACUAGGCAGAGUUGCAGACCAGAGUCAUUGUGGAGCAUGUGUUGCUAAUACCAGGUCACUGACCUUGUUUUUGCCGAUGAUGCAGUAAUCCUUGCAGUCACUAAAGGCUCUGGUGAUAGCUCUCAGGGCACUGUAUGAGGAGGCAAAGCCCUUAUGACUUCAGGUCUCCUGGGCCAAGACCAAGGUACAGGUAUUUGGAGGCUUGCUCGAUGAGACGGUGUAGUCUGUUCAUGCGUGUGGUGAGGACAUUGAGAUCUUGAAAAAUUUCACAUACCAUGGUAGCAUAGUUCAGAACAAUGGUGAAUUUUGCCUGGAAGACUUAUGGUGGAUUGGCUUGGCCCACGGUGUUAUGAACUUGCUCAGCAUGAGUAUAUGGUGUGUAAAAGGGCAAUGAUCUGGAUCUUCAAGUCACUUUUGCUUCCUGUCUUACUCUAUGGCUGUGAGACUUGUACACUAAAUAGUGACUUGGAGAGGUGGAUUGAUGCCCUUGGUAAUAAGUGUCUAUACAGAAUCAUGGGAUAUCACUGAAAUGACUGCAUCAAGCUGGCGAUUACUCCAUGAGACUGUGACAUAUAUUACCCGCAUCAUCCAUCAGUGCCAACUCUGACUGUAUGGGCAUGUGGAACACUACCCAGGAGCUGACCCUUCUCAAUGGGUUGUUUCUGUAAGAGACAAUCCUGAGUGAAAGAGGACAAGGGGAAGCCCACAGAGUUCAUGGAUUGAGCAAGUCGGUAGAUCCUGCCAGGAGGUACUUAGGAUGAGAAGGGGGCCUGCAUGGAGUCUUGCCCGGAAGAACCCCUCAGCUUUGCGUCUUAGGGUGGGCAAGGUGACGUGUCUCUCCUUGAGCAAGGGGGUGGUGGUAUGUGGUGGGUGAAGGUCCCAACCGUACCCAGAGAUCAACCAUAAUGAGCUUGGUCUAAUAGAGAAGGUACUUGCUGGCGAUGAUGAGUCCAGCUCGGGAUUAGGCCAUGGUAAAGUACACACACACACACACAAAUGUACAGUUUUGAAAUAAACUUGCUUAGUUGAAUAUUCCUAUAUGUCUUAUGAUUUAUGGAAGCAAUUAGUGAUAAAUUAUUACCAAGACUUGAGAAGUCUCACCAAAGUAAAAACUGCUCUCUAUUAACCAAGGCAUUGAAAGUUUCUACCACUCAUGUAUUUGCCUACUGAGAUAACUAUGAUAAUUAUGCAGUGUGCACAUCCACAAAGUAACCUUGUAAUAGAUGCUCUUCUUUCUCUCUAAUAGUUUAUAAGAUAUCUUAGAAGGCAGUUAUGGGAUUCUCUGCCUAAAUUAGCAGCUAUACAACUGUUGUGUUAGAAACUGCAGUAUGAUGGUGUUGGAUGUUGAAAGACUGGCUUCAUAUUUGGCCAACUUGCACAAAAAAAAUGUUAUCCCUGGGAAGAUUCUCUUCUUCAGUGGCAGUCACAUACAGUGGCAGGGUUGUGUGUCAAUUAGGAUAUAAAGAGAAAUGCUCUUCUUUUUGAGGGCUUCACAAUCUGAAAAUACUGAUGUAGAUACAGCCACUGUAUACAUCAUGUAUUCAGUUAAACAUAUAGUAUAUGAUUUAGUAUUAAUUAAUGGUUAUUUGUGCAUCAGUUAAUGUUAACUGGUGAUAGCAUGUGGAUCAAAGUUACUGUUUGAUUCUUCAGUCAGAUUUACUAUUUUUUGUGAUGCCAUGUGCUGAAUGGUCUUCCCUCUGUGGGUGUCAUUCCAAUACUGAUUCAUGCAGUACCUGAAUUAUAUUAGGAUAAUUUUUUAAACUAGUUCACAUAGGCAGUGACAUUUUUAGUGCUAAUUAUAGUAUGGUGCUCCAGCACCGCUAAGGUCCUUCUGCACAUAAGCCAUUUCUUUGUGGCAAGGAAUGAAACACACGUGUUUCUGUGGAAGCCCACACACAAGCCAAUUUUUAGUGAUAUACACACACACACACACACACACACACGAAAAAAAAAAAAAAAGAAAGAAA